GUAAAAGAGGACUUUUCAAGAGAUGACUUCAAAGCAAUGUUCACAUUUGCGUUUUAUGUUGCUUCAAAGCAUUCGACAUUGAUCAACUCAAGACGCGUUUGGUAAACUUGGUGCUAGCUAACGGAGCUAAGAUGCUAAGUCUAUUCUAUUUACCCUCGCAGGAAAGCUAUGGUAUACAAGAUUAGUUCAACUAUAUUCAGCUUGCAAUGUCUGCAGGUGUGAUGCCAAGAUCCCCCUCCUCUGCCUCAAAGGGUUUCAGUUCAACCCCUCGAAAGAACAAAAACAAAAGAGACAACGUAUCCAAAACUGCGGAGGUCUUAAGUGGAUCGGAUGUGUUAUCGGAAGACGAUACGUACUCCCUCCUCUCACCAAUCUACCAUGACAGCUUUGAUAGUGAUGAAGACUUGGAUUCAGAAACUGAGCAUCCACAGCGAACAGAUACCUCACCCACGCAGUGGGAAAUCCCUAGACGUGCCAGUUCACCUGUCAGAUGUGAGUUGCCAAAAGCACAGGGAAAGAUAACUGUGGAAAGUGCAGUCUCGCCUCGGCUCAAUGCCUGGGAGGUGUGGCUGUUGGACAAAGCUAGAAAAGACCGUCUCCAAUUAGAAAAGAAAACAGAGGAGGAACGCUUACUGCAGGAGAAAAUAGAACAACAGGAGAGGGCACAGGAACAAAAGAAAAUUGUGGUGGAGGAGAAGAUCCAAGAAUGGCUGAGGUCAAAGAGAGAGCGGGAGAAGCAGGAGAAAGAGCUAAAGCAGAGCGCUGAGGAGGAUAAGCUGGAAAAGGAGAAAGCCAAAGAGAGCGAGAUCGAACGCAGAGCUCAGGAACAAUAUAAAAAGUGGCUACGGAGGAAAAACCAAGAGAAACUGCAGAAGCAAAAUAAGGACAAAGAGGAGGCUGACAGGAGAGAGGAGCAGGAGAGAGAGCAGCGACAGGCAGCCGAGGAGCGCUUUCAACAGUGGCUGGCCACUUCUAAUGCGAAAACCAGAGCCAGUCCAAACACCAAGUCACCAUUUCAUCCAAAGAGUCCGUAUGACAAAGGCUACCCCCCUCCCAGCUUCUACAACCCAGUCCCAUGGAAGCCAAUACACGCCCCACCGCCAGAGCCUCCCGCCAAGAACACCUCUCAACGGAGACCCCACAGCCAGCCCACAAAGCGCCUCAGCUCCAGCGCCACCAGAUCAAGGCUAAGAAAUGGUGCUAGUGGGACACAGCUGCUGCAGAAGAGGUAGACAGACAUGCAGACAGCCUCAAUCUACAGCGCACAGGGCGGCCCUAUCAAGUAUCAACGACAUGGCGAUCGUGGCCAGAGGAUGGUUAAUAAUGUACCAGCUCUAAUGAAGCCUUCUUGGAUCAAGGUUAAAUAGUUUGAGCGGUUGUAUACACUGUAAGGCCUUGUUAAUGAUUUGCCGGUUUCCAAAUGUGUGUGUUCCACUUUCGCCUAGUUGAGACAUUUGCGUUGUAUGUAUAUUGGAUAAUGGAGUGUGACAGCUUUUAUGCUGUUUCCAUAAUAAGUGUCAAUGUGUGUUGACUGAUAGGACAUGUGUGAUAACAUCCAGUCUAGAUUUUAUAGACUUUAUAAACACAUGAAAUCACUUUUGUUGUACUUUGAUCCUUUGGAUUAAGACAAUAAAUCCUGUUUGUACUUCGAUGU